AUGGUGCAUCUGGGUUCCCCUGAACGCGAGGAAGCCGCUUCUGCUCCCUUGUGCUACAUCAUAGAGCCGUUUGAUCUGUCAAAUUUGCAAUCAAAGCUCUGUGAUGUUGCCAAAGAAUUCCUCUGUGUGAGAUGGCAUCGCCUACAACAGGCCGACCAAGUGGGCCAGCAGUGGUAUGAGGCAGCCGUCCGCAAUCAGGCACGAAUACUACAGGACUCUCGGAUUGCCUCCCCGUCAGUUGCUACUCAUACAAGUCAGAGUCAUAUAUCGUCAACCUCCAGGCGACGCCUAGCGGAAUCAGGCAACACUGACCGGUCGGCCCCUCGUCGCGGGAUCAGACAAGACUCGCUGGUUUCCCCGUCAGAUAGCUCCGAGCCAGUGCAGUCAAUCAAUUCCUUUGUCACUGCUGCAAUGCUGCGAACGAACAAUGUUCCGUGGCAAGUGUCGCCGGCUCGACCAGCUAUUUUGUUGUCGGCCACUAAUCUCCUGGCCGGUUUCCAAAACUUGACGCUCCAGAGUCUCAGUACGAGUGAGGAGGUCAACGACAUCCAC